AAGACCUCCUGGCCCAGGAUACACUCAUCACUAAGACCUCCUGGCCCAGGAUACACUCAUCACUAAGACCUCCUGACCCAGGAUACACUCAUCACUAAGACCUCCCGGCCCAGGAUAUAUUCAUCACUAAGACCUCCUGGCCCAAGAUACAUUCAUCACUAAGACCUCCUGGCCCAGGACACACUCAUCACUAAGACCUCCUGGCCCAGGAUACACUCAUCACUAAGACCUCCCGGCCCAGGAUACACCCAUCACUAAGACCCCCUGGCCCAGGAUACACUCAUCACUAAGACCUCCCGGCCCAGGAUACACCCAUCACUAAGACCCUCUGGCCCAGGAUACACCAGUCACCUGUUUUAAAGCAAACAUCUUGUUGGUUGACUUUUUGACUGACCCCAGCAGCCCAUACACUAUUGCUUUGCAAGGCUACAAUAUCACUGUUAUUCCAUUUUUAUAACACAUCUUUUUAUUCAGGCCCUCUCCUGUUCAUAUUCAAGUCUCUGUCUAAAAUCACUGCUUGGUUGCUGGGAUAAUUUGGACCCUAGCAACCAGAUAGCUGUUGAUAUUCCAAGCUGAAACCGAAAGCUAAAUAGUUAAAAAAAAAAAACCUCAAAUAAGACUAAUUGUCUCAGAAACCCUUUUCUGACUGUCAGGGAAACAGGAAAGGGCUAAUAACUGGGGAAAGAUAUCAGACUGCCGGGAAUCCCUCCUAAUUUCCCAGUUAGAGAAAAAGCCACGGUUUCUUCCUUUGUUUAUAUCCAGCUCACGUCCCAGUCAGAGGGAGGGGUGGCCGGCUGGGUGCUGGGUGCUGCUACCGACACUGGUUUCACUUUUACAUCUCACUUCCCUUCCCAACACUCUCACAUAAUUACAUUCUCUCUCCCACCCAUCUCCCAGCUGUCGGCACCCUGAGGGUCACUGCGAGGAGAAGCAUCAGAAAAACAGUGAAACAUGGAGAAUAGGGAUCCUGCGUACCAAAGGCUGGAGGAGGAUUUGCUAUGUCCCUUGUGCCUAAGGAGACCCAUACGUGCUCUCACCAUUCCCUGUGGACACACCUUCUGUGGAACAUGCAUUGACCCUUACAGGACCAGCAGAAACCCCCAGCUUUACAACUGCCCCAAGUGUAGGAAGGAGACACGUGCCCGCCCAAUUGAGUUGGUAUAUACAGAUGAAUCUGGAAAACUGUGGGUAGAUGGAUCUGCUGUACAGACCUGUUUUAUGGACCCUGAACUGUCAGACCUCCCUGUGUGCCUAAUAUUCGCGAUCGGAGAGAAACGCUGGGGCAAGUCCUUCCUCAUGAACUACAUCCUGAGGGCCCUGUCCUGCCAGGAAAGGGGAGAACCUCUCAGCCUGGGACCAGAUGGCGAGCCUCUAAAUGGGUUUGAGUGGAAAGCUGGAGUGGACAGUGUAACUAAGGGUAUAUGGAUCUGGAACAAGCCAUUCGUUCUAGAAGUCAUGAGCGGGAAGAUGGCCGUGUUUGUUCUGGACACAGAGGGCUCCCUGGAUAUCCAGAGCUCACAGGAGAUCUGCAUUAAGUUAUCCGCCUUAUCCAUGAUCCUCAGCUCCUACCUGAUUUUCAAUGUAAACUCAUCGCUGAAGACAACAGAACUGAAUUACCUGGAGAUGUUUCUCCAUGUUGCCAAGAAAACAGAAAUGUCCUUUGACCUGCUGUACUUACAGCACUUGGACAUCCUUAUUCGUGACUGGUAUAAUUUUGGGGGGUGUAGUAGAGAUGAUGCCCGGGAUUAUUUUAACAAGGUCAAACAGGACAUAGAUAAUCACCCUGAGUGGGCCUCGUUGCACCAGGCUCUCCACAGCUCUAUGGUAACCUGCUCCCUUCUGCCCCGCCCAGACAAUAAAAUGCUGAGGUCACGGCAAGGAAGACUUUCAGAUAUGGAUGAAUGUUUCAGGAACAACCUUACGACCUACAUCUCUGACCUGGUGGGAAACAUCUGGCGCCACAUUAAAACUACUAGGAAUGGGCAACCAGUGAGCUGCCACAGGCUGGCGGGGAUAUUAAAGCAAAUGGUGGAUAUUCUGCAGAAUGAAGAAUACAGCUUUGCCUCCCCCAUGCAGUUGCACUAUUCGUUCGAGAACUACAAGGCCAUGCAGCAGUGUAAGGAGCAGUUCCAGAAUGCGCUAAAAGCUAUGGAGCCAAAAAGCUUCUCCCCAAUUAAAAUCCUCAAAAUGAGCCCGUCCGACAUGGAGGCCAAAGUCCGCAAUGAAGCCAACGCCAUGCUUCGGGAAUGCGGCAAGUCCUUACAGGGAAUUGAUGAUGAGAAGAAGCGGCGGCACUUGGCCGACUUGCAAUCCCAACUGGACCUACAGCAGAAUUUGUUCUGUACCAAGUACUCCAAGAUUCAUACUGCCGUCAAGACUGGGUGUAUAGUGGGGGGCACCAUGUUGUCUGUGGCAGGAGUUGUAGCUGGGGGGGCAGCUGGAGCUGCGGUGGCUGGAGCGGUUAUAGCCGGGGAAACAGUCGGAGGGGCCAUGGGAGGUUCUGUGCUUCUCGGUACUAUCGGUACAGGGCUGGGAUCUAUUGGUGGAAAGCUAAUUGGGCUUAUUAGAAGUAAAAUGCAACAGUGUGAAGGAGAAACGACCGACGAGUCAGGUCAGAACAGCAGCCAAUCAUAGGGAACAACUCCAAAAUUCCAAAAAGAAGUAGAAAAAUCUAUAACUGGUGGGAGCCAUAUUGUUCUACAUUUUUUUCAUGACCAAAGUGUUUUGGUGUUUGGGCAAAAUCCUGCAGAGAAAACCUACCUGCCGUGUGUCGACUGCUCCCAGAUAUCCAAUGUGCGGCCCCGGGUGGGGCCCAUACACGGUAUAGAACUGAUUGGGGGCUUAUUGUAGGGAGCACGAGCCCAAGGGAAACCUGGGAGAAGCCAAACAUGGCGGCUCUGUACUUUGUAGGAAAGUAGCAACUGUCAGUUCAUUCUUUAAAGAAGAAGUAAGUGAUUUUAGUCAAGGCUACGUAACAAUAUGGCACCCAAUUCACUUUGACACCCUUCUCAUUGAGAAGAUGCCAUUUAUUAACCAACCAAAGCUUUAGGCCAAUGUUUUAAUAUCCAUAUGGCAGGCAUUAACCUAUUGGUCCUAGUCAGUCCUAGUCAGUGGCCACAAAGCCCAUAAUGUGUUGUUUCUGUGCUGCUAAUUGUAUAUAUAGGCUGAAUAAAAUUCAAGCAUCAAAUACAUUUCAAGUUAUUUUUUUAAUCAAUGAUUUUUUGGUGUUUUAAUAAAAAAAAAAUAAAGCCAAAAUAUAA